CUUUCCUUCCCCGGCGCCUUCUGGAACUUUCGUGUCGGCGAGGAGCAUCGGUUGGGGCUGGCGCCGGAGCUUGGCGGGCGGGGGGAGGCAGCGCAAUCCAUCUCCAUCGGGGGCUCCAGAGGGGCAUCCGGGGUCAGUCAUGCCGGAGAAUGCGGGCACGAAGGGCGGCCUGGCGGGCGCGGGGAGCCGCAGCUCCGGCGGGAACCGCGGCUCCUACCAGGACAGGGACAAGCCCACCCAGAUCCGCUUCAGCAACAUCUCGGCGGGGAAAGGUAAUGUCGCGGCCCAGGCCGGGGAAGCGCCCCUUGGCCCCAGGCCGCGCGCGGGGGGGGGGGGGGGGGGUGAGCGGAAGGCGCCAUUGUCUCCUGAUGGGCGGCCGGGGGGGGGGGUUCCUAGGCCGCGCCCCGCCCUCCGCCGCCCCUCCACCCCUCGGGGACCGGGCAGCGGCUCCCCUUCCCUCCUUCGCAGGUGGCGCCGUGUGUGGUAUUGGCGCCGUGCAGAAUCCAUUGAACGUGUCUGGGAACAUAACAUAGGGGCUAUUGCUUUGUUUCGUUUUUCUUCUUGCUUUUAUUAUGUGCUUUGUAUUCUGCAUUUUUGUGCUGGAAGCCGCCCUGAGAUUUCAGGAGGCAAGGCGGUAUACAAAUUUAAUUAAUAAUAAUAAUAAUGAUGGCAGUACUGUAGUAGGAUAAUAACCAAGCAUGCUAGACAGUGAUUUUGCAGAAGUACAUUGUGAUGCAAGUAAUUUAUUUUUCAGCUACAAAUGUACCACUUGUACAUAGUGAUUAAAUAUUGUGUUGUGAAACUUUGGAUGAUAGAUUUAAUUAAUUAAAUAAAUAAAUAAUAAUAAUAAUAAUAAUAAUAAUAAUAUGAGCCUUGCUGGACCAGUAGCCCAUCUAAUCUAGCAUCUUAUUCUCACAGUUGCCAACCAGAUCAGUAUUUUGGGAAUGAUUCAUGUUCUGCGUUGUUUCAUACUUUCUGGAUGUCUCAUGCUCCUAUUAUAAAGGGGUUGUGUUCUGUGUUAUAAAUCAAGCACCGAUAGCAGUUGUGUCUUUUUGUUUUCCAAUGCGUUUCUUAUCAACAAAAAACUUGAUGUGGCAAGUUUAUUCUAAAAGUGUGACCCAGAGGAAAGUUUGAGAACUGCUAAGUUAUGGUGUUAGGAUCAGCACAAAGGUAACCAUGCUGAAGAUUGCUGAAGUCAAUCUUUUGCUGUGUGAGGGGAAAGGAAAGGGGGCAUCUCUUCUGCAAAGCCGGAAGAGCUCCAAAGAUGAAACCGUAUUAAUAGUGCAAACACAGCUUGCUGAAUAAAAGCUAUUGGGGGGACCGGACACUUUCUGUGUUGCUCAUUCAUGUGCAUACCUACUCAGAAAUCAGGCCCUUGUUCCCUUACUGUUUGAGACUGCAUGUGCCAUGCACAUAGAUAAUGCUGUAACAAUCAUGAAUAAAUUGGAGGUAUGUAUCUUGGUUAUCAGAGCAAAGUAAAUCUAAAUGAACAUAUUGGUGGACUGGGGCCCCCCCGAAUGCUAAUACAGAAUUACAGUGAUCUGAAAUAAGCUUCACCUUUUAUGAAAGGCAUUCCUGUAUUUUGUGUAAGAGAGUUGUCAUUGUAAGAUAGUAACAGCCCAGAGGACUGAGGAAGGCUUUCAUGGACACCAUGGUGCCUUCGUGUAUUGGGCUGGAGAUGGCAGGGUUAACAUGUAUUGAAAACAUCUAAGCAGUGUACAACAAACAUAAAAUCCGGAUAAAUGUAAGAAGACUAAAAGCAGAAAAAGUUGUAAAGAAUUCACCAAUCACAAAGUCAUAAAGAACUGACCAAUCUCAUAAAAUGUGCAUAGAUACCUGGAAAGGCCUGUUGACACCUAGAAGACUUAAAAAGGCAUCUAAACAUAAGCGAAGAAAAUAAAUUUAGGGGGCAUCAUAAGGUUGUCCGGGAACCUGACAUGCCUCAAGAUGUCAGCAAAUACAUUUUUAGUGCUGCAGGGAACAGCUCCUCUUGUCCCCAGAGAGAAGGGAAAUUCCCAUAGGUGGUGGUGCUUUCAGUCCCAUCCUCUAUCACCUCCCAGGUCUAGUCGGAGUUUGGCUCCAGACAGGGAUAGAUUUGUAAUGGGAUCAGAGCCCAAGGAAUGCAUGGGGUAGCAUUUCUGCUAGCUCCAUCCCAUCAGUUAGUGGUGUCCAUGGCUAGGCUUUCCUGUGCAGCCAGCAGAACCAACUUAGAAUAAUUAGAUGAGCAUCAGAGCUUCAGGGAUCUGCCAUGUGUGGUUGCUGCCUGGAUCAUUCCAAUGUCUGCUGGAAAAUAAAAAUUACAUUUUCACUUUUAUUUUAGCGGUUGCAGAUGCGGUUAGGACAAGCCUUGGACCAAAGGGAAUGGAUAAAAUGGUACGUCUUGAGUGUAUGCCUAUCAUAUUGUGCAUGUAGCAAUUUUUUUAAUGGUGCUUAUGAAUUCUAUAUAAUCCAUUUUCUAAGCUGCUGUGAAGUUAUUUAUUGUUCAUAAACUUUCAGUUGUGUGGGGAAAAGGCUUUAUGAUUAAAUUGUCAUGGAGCAGGUUCCAUGUUGAGUGGAAUGGAUUAUUUUGGUUAGCACUAACUAUACAGGCAGACAAACAUAAAGAGAUUGUGCUGAGAAUGCAAACAAAGUGAGGUUGUUGAAUGGCAAGAUGCUUCAGGCUUUUGAAUAGCGCAAAGGGAGGGCACAUGUUUGGGGAGUGAUAGCCUAAUCAAGGCUCCAAGGUAGGUGUGCUUAGAUGUUGAAGGGCAUGUAUCUGUCACACUUGAUGAACCAGCUUUGCCCUUUACAAACAGACCAGAUCACUGUGAUCAUCUGGAGAAGCCCUCCUCACUGUCCCAGUUUUCACACAUUCAUUUAGCUUCAGCACAAGCCAGAGGUGCUGGCUCAUAGGGGCUGAGAUUUUUUGGGCCCCUUCAGUAUUUUCAGGGAGGGGGCCCAGCCACCCCAAUGUAUGGGGUGCUCUGGUGCAGUGCCUGGCCUCCCUACUGCGGGGUGCCCAGCAGCGCCUGGCCUUCUCACGGCAUCAUAAGUGCAUGUCACAUGUUGCACAUGUAACAUCACAAGCAUGCCUUGUGUGCAUGUAGCAUAAGGCAGCCUUCUCAAUCUUCACUGCCAGGUGGCACUGCUGGUACAAGCCAAGGCUUUUAGCGUAGUAAUUUGGAACAUCGUGCCUUUCAAAAUCAGGCACUCUUGGUUUUGUUUUUCUCUUUCUUGAGUUGGUCUACAACGCUUAUGUUUUUUCAGAUCCAAGAUGGCAAAGGAGAUGUAACAAUCACAAAUGAUGGUGCAACAAUUCUGAAGCAGAUGCAGGUCCUUCACCCUGCAGCCAAAAUGGCAAGUAAUAUUUAAAUUAAAUUUCCUGUCAGUCCCCAAGGUGACAUCAAAUCAUGCACAUACAAUCCUCCAAAUUUUUAGCUGUUGUUUAGUUGUUUGUAGAAAACAACAUUGGGCCUAGAAUUUUGUGCAGCUAUAUGUGGAGCUCUUCCUUCUGACGGCAUCUGUCCAAAAAAGAAAUAUACAGGACAGUUACAAUGAUUCAGUACACAUAAUGUUGAUCCUUUUGCAGAAUCUGGGACAUUACACAGCCCCUCCCAAAGAAACAACUGGCAAAAGUGCCACAGAAAACCACUACUGUAAUUGUAAAAUGCUUAUGGUCCACAUAAGCCUGAUAAGCAUUUUUGUUUUGUUUUUUGUUUAACCUGAAUUAGGGUUAUUGGUGUACCAUUCCAAGUAACAAUGGACAAAUGGCCGUUGCCAGAACAUUUUAGUUAAAAUUUAAUGUUCAUUGUGGCAGAUUGUUACAAUGGAUUUUCAGGCUGAGUGGCAUGAAUUAAAUUAUUACAGUAUUUGACCAGAGUGCCCCUUGGCAAGAAGAGCAAAUAAUUGAGUAGUGACAGCUAAAUCAAACCCAGUUGUGUCUACUUUGAGUAUGACAUUUAACCAAUAUUUAAAAACAUUACUUCAAGUAGUGUAGUUAGGUAAUCUUAUGUUCUGGGCUUAAUGGUCUAACAUAGGGUUGAGAGUGGUGUUGAAAACUCCCAUUGUUCUAGGUGCAUUUUGUGACAGGGAAUUUCAUUAGCACGAGCAGUUUCUGAGCUCUGGGGCAGUACUGCGCCUAAGAUUUCAGAUUAAAACUGCAGAGUGGAAGGAAAGGAGGACCUUUUUCUGCCUCCCCACUUCCAGCUACUCUCUGAAUACUGUAGAAGAGACCCUCUUAAGAAUAUUAGGGUGUACGCAGGGGUAGGACUAGACCAUGUGGAAAAUGAGCACAAUAUUUUAGCUGCAGUUCAUUCAUUUUCAGCUUUGUAUUCUUGUUAUAAAAACAGCGCCUAGACAUUCCGUUGUUGCACCCAUAACCUAGUUUUAUAAUCCAUUUAGCUCCUAGCUUUCAUAUCUCAGUUUCUAGCACUGGUUGAGAGAUUUCACUAGAUGCUAAUGUAUUAACUUCAAUUUCCUCAAAAUGUGGUAAGCUAGAUCUGCUGUGUUUGGGAACAGCACUGAUCUCAACUGGAUUAAUACUUCCCCAGAGUUACUGCAGUGAGGUUUUGCAGCAUAUUCAGUAUACUGUUAAUCACAGAAUAUUAUUUUUUGUUCUUGCAUUUUUUCUUGCAAUUCAGGGCAAAUAUUAAUAAUUUUUUAACAUUUGGCAACACACAGCUGGUGGAGUUAUCCAAAGCGCAAGAUAUUGAAGCUGGGGAUGGCACUACUUCUGUUGUUGUCAUUGCCGGAGCUCUGCUAGAUGCUUGUUCCAGACUCCUUCAGAAAGGUAGGUUUCACUUUUAGAAAAAUACAUAGGUAAUUUUGGCGUAUGAAAUAAAUGGAGACUCAAAAGGAUAAAUGGAGACUCAAUUGAAAGAGAAAACUGAAGAUAUAAACACCAGUGUAGUCCUAAGUAUAGCAUACGUGUUUUCUUUUCCCAAAGUAUGUGUACUAGUGGGUCUGUGGGAGGGAAGGGGGAAGGUGGUUAUCUAUUUUGGACUUACUAUCUUUUGGAUAUAUUGAUAUAUCAUCCAAAGCCAGUUUGAAGUCCAUAUCAUGAUAUCAGUUUCACAGUUUUUGACCUGGCAAUAUAUUGUGAAUCAUUGUGUGUGUGUGUGUGUGUGUGCGCGCGCGCCAUGUAAAAAUCACAAGGGGGGGGGGGAGUGAAGCCAGCCAAUGCUUCUACAUAGCUUCAUCCUUAUUUCUGACAUUAUGAUAUAUCAGUGUAUCAUAAUGUUUAGCUGGUGAUAUAUUGGCAUGUUGAAAAUCAAAUAUUGCCCAGCCCUACUCCUGACAUGAUAUGACUAUUGGAUGUAUCUACAUUUUUGUAUUGGCACUAUUACGUACCUGUGGUAAUUGUAACAUAUCUCCCCCGAAUGGAUUUUUGUGUAUAUGUUCAGUGAUACAAAGUUUUUGGAGGUUAGUAAUAAUAAUGAUGAUGAUAGAUCAGGAUAUGGCGAAAGAAAAUAUUCCAGAAAACUUUAUUAUAAUUUUAUUAGGCUUUUGGUGGUGUUGUUUUUUUUGGAAGGAAUUGGAUCUUAAUCAGAAAAAGAAACAAUCGUUUUUAUGAUGGGCCUAAAGUGUUGUUUCAUGCAUUGUGUUUUCUCUAAAAUAAUGGGAGUGGGAUCCAGCUAAAAUGGAUGAUUAGUGUUUUCUUUUAGUCAAGGCAAUGGAAGGUUUGGAAUUCUAUUGCUAGAGUUCAUUUGUCAACCAGUUUAAUAUUCAGGAUUAAGGGCAAUAAGUGGAUGUGAGCUAUAUUAAUGUGCAAUAUUGCAAAGCAUAUUUUAUAUGCUAAUUCAACUGGAAACUUCACCCCCAGUGACUUGUUUUUAAGUGUCGUUGAAUAAACUGUUUUCUAGGAAUUCAUCCCACAAUCAUCUCUGAGUCAUUCCAGAAGGCAUUGGAUAAAGGUACUGAGAUCUUGACCAGCAUGGGGCAGCCUGUUGAGCUGAGUGACAGAGAAACCCUACUUAACAAUGCAGCUACUGCACUGAACUCAAAGGUGGGUAACUUGUGACAUAUGUGGUUACAGCAUGUCUAGCUUGUGAUUUAAAUAUAAAUUGCAUGCAACUGUAUUAACUAAUAAUUGAGACCAAAGUUAGGACCCUCCUUACAGUAAUAUUAGGAAUGCUUCAAUUAUUUAGAAUUGCCAGACAUUUCUUGAGAGGAAUGUUUUAUGGUGGUGCUCUGAUCCUGCUUGCUAGCAUUUAAAGAGAGGUGCUCUCUCUGCAGGAUCCUGCAGGCAUCACUAUUUACUUGCAAUGUUUCCUUUUAAUAGUGAAAAUUCCAGCUGCACUGGCCAGAAAAGCUUUUGCAACUGCGUAUUCUUUCCCAUUAAAAUUGGGAUUGCUGAGUCAGAGAUUUACUUAGAGAUUCAGAAUGGGAAUUGCAACCUCCAUACUGCUCUCUGAUUCUGUCUUAAAUAAGAAAAGAAAAAUUAAGAAAACAACAUGCCAAUUACUUACUGUUAUGAGUCCUACAAAGAAACAAUAUAAACUGUUGAUCUCCGUUUGUUUAAUUUAAUGUAACUGUUAGGUAGAUUAAAAUUCAGAUCUGUUGGUGGAAGUUCUUAUGGAAAUGUGCAAAACCAAUGAAGUAAAAUGUGGGUCUUCACUAAAUCCCUGCAGGUUGUAUCACAGUAUUCUAGUUUGCUUUCUCCAAUGAGUGUGGAAGCUGUGAUGAAGGUGAUAGAUCCAAAUACAGCUAGCAGUGUGGAUCUUAGAGACAUCAAAAUUGUUAAAAAGCUUGGGUAAGUAGUAAUCUCAAAAUACAAAUUCUGUAACCUAUUUAUUUUAAAUUAUUAUUGUGCUAGUUUACUCUUUCAAUAUUUCUUUCUAGAGGAACAAUUGAUGACUGUGAAUUGGUUGAAGGGCUGGUCCUCACCCAGAAAGUGGCCAAUGGUGGUAUAACCAGAGUUGAAAAAGCUAAGAUAGGUCUCAUUCAAUUUUGCUUGUCAGCUCCAAAGACAGAUGUAAGUUGCUUUGUUUAAUUUGUUAUGUCUGCAUCAUUAUGAGCUAUCUUUACACAUUGAUUGCAACUUCUUAAAAAUUCUAAGUAUGCUAACAGUACAUUAUUUUAUUUUACUUUCUGAAUAGAAUUACAUGUCAAAAACUUAAAAUAGCGGUGGGCUGACUUGUAUGAUUGGUUGCUUGCAUAGAUUUUAUGUGGUCCAACAGCGAAUCAGAUAUUAAGCACUCUUGUUUUUAACAGUCAAAAUCUUUGUUAAGGUUUCCUAUUAAGAAUUAGCAGGAACUAUUGGCCCACUACUGAACUGCCUAUAUCACUUCAGUUUAAGCCUGAAAAAGAGAUAUUAGCAUAAAAGAAAGUCAUUAAUGGCAUAUUCUUCUAUAAACUAAGCUUAAGCUUGCAACUGCUUAGCUUGCAACUGAAUGCUUUGAUUGUAGACAGUGAGUUAUAUAUUGCUAUACUACAUAUAGAAAUUUUGAUUAAGGGUAGCCAGCAUUCUGGUUCCAACUGCCAUCAGUCCCAGGCAGCGUGGCUAAUAGUAAGGAAUUUUGGGAGUUGUACCACAAUGUCUAUCUUUUGAUUUAGAUGCUUAGUUAAGCUUUAUUAUGCUUCUUCUCCUGUUAGAUGGAUAACCAAAUUGUUGUUUCUGACUACACUCAAAUGGACAGAGUCUUGCGUGAAGAGAGAGCUUACAUUCUCAAUUUAGUUAAGCAAAUUAAGAAGACAGGAUGCAAUGUGUUGCUCAUUCAGAAAUCUAUUCUGCGGUAUGUUUAUUCCAGUAAUGUGCUUGCUGUUGAAGAAUGAAUGAUAUUCGGGAUUAAAAUUGUUCAUGGUGUGAUAAAGUUUAAGAGACUUGCUCUGAAACGUAUUCCUUAAACCAGGGGCGGGCAACUGAAUCUGGCCAGGGGACCAGACAUUCAGCCAUAUUUGAGGCUCUGACCAACUGUCAGAUUUCACCCACACACAUGUGGUUGAAUGUUUAGUCCAACCACCUAUUAUGUUAGGUGACUCUAGUCUGCUGCUGAAGCAGCAAUUUGAGUAAAGUGGGAAGUGGAGAGGGCUUGUAGGCCUUCUGGAGAGAUUUAGGAAAAGCUUCAAACCAAUGAUGCACUUAAUGACAUCUAGUUGGGCCCAGGAUACAUAAAGGUGUGUUCUGAGUCUUGGGAAAUUCUGAGUCUGAUCAGAGUAGCUUGCCCAUCACUAAUAACACUGCUGUGAGUCUGGUUGAUUUUCUAGCUCAUUCAUUGUGUUGAUUUCAGGGAUGCUCUAAGUGAUCUAGCACUACAUUUCUUGAACAAAAUGAAGAUAAUGGUGAUUAAAGAUAUUGAAAGAGAAGACAUUGAGUUUAUAUGUAAGGUAAGGAGGAGCUGUUAACUAGUUCUGCUGUAGGUGAAUAUUUGAUUCAAAAAGUAAUUGAAAUUGGUCAUAAUACUGAUUGGCACAGCUUUGGAAUUUGUUACACACUUUGUAUGUAGGCUGUGGGAGGAAACAAUACGUGAAAGAAUUAGUAGGCUCUAUUAGUCUCACUUCUUCCCAAGGAAAUAGUAAUGUGUCAUCUUGCCGAUAAAGAUGCAGCUGUAAACUGUCUUACUUAAGCUUAUACAUGAGUGGUCGGAAGUAAGUCCCACCAAAUUUAAUGGGACAUCUUCCCGGGUAAGUGCAUAUAGGAUUGCAGCCUGAGUAUAAAGUAUAGCAUAUUGAACUAUAUCAUAUCUUUUUAAUCUAUGGUCCUUUUGUUGAUUUAUUUUUGAAAAGACCAUUGGAACUAAGCCAGUUGCUCAUAUUGAUCAGUUUACUGGGGAUAUGCUGGGAUCUGCUGAACUGGCAGAAGAGGUCAAUUUAAAUGGAUCUGGAAAGCUAGUAAAGGUAAGCAGAACUCCUGUUUAGCUAUUUAGCUUGCUUCUUUAUGACACUUGAGGAAGUAAUUUUCAUUUCAUUUUCUUAAAAUGUAUACAUCGCUUGAUUGUAAAAACCUUAAAACAGUUUACAAAAAGAUAAAACCAUAAAAUCAGGAUUUUUAAAAAUACAAUACAUUAGAACAGGGAGGCCCAACUUUUCUUAUUCUAGGUCUCUGUCAGAGCCCUCCUGCCUCCUUCCCAAAGCCCAGCACCUUGCUUACCCAGCUUUGGGAAAAUGGGACGGAGAGGGGGUCAAAUGUUGCAGGGAACCGCCAGAAAGGCCUCACGGGUGGCAGACGGCCCCUGGGCUGUGUGUUGGACUACCUGCAUUAAAACAUACAAAAAGUUAAAAAACUAAGAUUACAAUUCAUAUCAUUACCAAGCAUUUGGUCAGGCUUGUAUAAACAGGAAUGUCUUUAACAGAGCCCAAAACAAAUACAGUCGUACCUUGGAUCCCGAGCGCCCUGGAACUCUGAUGUUUUGGCUCCUGAACGUUGCAAACACAGAAGUGAUUGUUCCUGUUUGCGAACUUUUUUUGGAACCCAAAUGUCCAGCAGGGCUUCUGCGGCUUCCUGCAGCCAAUCAGAAGCCGUGAUUUGGUUUUCGAGCGUUUUGGAAGUCGAACGGACUUCCGGAACGGAUUCCGUUCGACUUCCAAGGUACAACUGUACAGUGAAAGUGUAUCUAUUGUUUGAUAUAAAUAGGCAGGGAGUUCCACACUAAACUAUUCAGGUAUUACAAAUGUGGAAGGGCCGUUAUGUGGCACCUGUAGUGGUGCCAGUUCCACCGAUUGAAGUUGUCAAGUGGGCACAUGUUUGGUAAAGCAAUCUCGUAGGUACAGUGGUGCCUCGCAAGACGAAAUUAAUUCGUUCUGGGAGUUUUUUCGUCUUGCGAAUUUUUCGUCUUGCGAAGCACGGUUUCCCAUAGGAAUGCAUUGAAAAUCAAUUAAUGCAUUCAUAUGGUCAAAAAAAGUCCAAACCAAGCCAAAUUUGGUACAAAAAGAGUUUAUUAAGUGCUCGCUCUUUAAAGUCACACAUACUGUAAAGAGCAUUUCAAAAAUUGAAGGAACAAUAAUUUAAGUUUGUAAACAUGACAGAAAAGCUUUUAAAAAUCACCAAAGUGUACUGUACAUACAUUUUCUAAGACUCUGGGGGACAACUCGGAAGAAGGUUCCUCUUCCACUCUUUGCUUCUUGCUGAAGAACCUGUCCAUGGUCUGCUGCUUCAUCUGCCUUUUCAGCACCUCCUUGAAAGACGACAUGACCCUCGUAUCAAAAGUGUUCGCAAGGUCACGUGUCAGGUCCUUGUCAGGGUGGUGCCGCUGUGCAAAAGCCUGCACAUCUUUCCACUUCUGGCAAAUGUCCCUCAGUUCUUUGGAGGACAGCCGUUCUUCAGUUGCUUCCUCCUCUUCCAGUGAGGCCUGCUCCUGCGCAGCCUCUGCGUGCAGUUCGACCAGCUCCUGGGUGGUCAGCUCGUGGUCGUACUCCUCCACCAGCUCGCUGACGUCCUCCUCUGUGACCUCCAGGCCCAUGGUCCUCCCCAAGAAAACAGUGUCCUGCACCACUGUUGACUCUGGUGCAUCAGAGUCACUUGGUGCCACACAGUCCGGCCACAGGCUGCGCCAAGCGCAAUUCAAAUUUCUCUGGCUGAUCCCGUCCAGCCAGAAGACCUGCUGUGGAACGUAGCCCUCCAUCGUCACAACCUCCAGGAACUCCGCUGCAAAGUCUUCAGCCGCAGGAACAUCAGAACUGGCAGCCUCCCCAUGCCUGACCACGCUGUGGAUUCCAGAUCUCGUCUUGAACCGAUCAAACCAGCCUCUGCUUGCCUUGAAGACUCCUGGCUCGCCUGAGGUUCCUGGCUGUUGCCAGACGAGGUCUGCGUGCAAGGCCUUGGCCUUCUCACAAAUGACGGCCUCAGUCACUGUGUCCCCUGCACGCUGCUUCUCUUCUAACCAGAUGAGCAGCAACUUCUCCACCUCCUCCAGAACCGCUGGGCGGUUCUUCACGAUCCUGGUGACUCCUUUGGCUGCAUCAGUCGCAAGGAUCUUUUCCCUCAUCUUCAGGAUGGUCCCGAUGGUCGAUGGAUUCCUCCCGUACUCCCUGGCGAGAUCUGUCACACGCAUUCCACCGUCGUGCUUCUGGAUGAUCUCCUUCAUUUCCAGCGUAACCUUCUCCUUCUUCCUCUCGCCGGCCUCUGCAGCAGCAGUCUUCUUGGGCCCCAUGGCAGCACAGCUCCUACCUUCGCAACCCCCCCCCCAAAAAAAUCAGUGCUUCACAUCCAAAAAAUUCAAAAGCACCAAACCUCCCAGAAAAUACACAAGCUUCCAGAUUCUUGCAAACCCCUCCCCAAUACCAAGUCCUUGAAUUCCAAACACCCCAACCCAAAAUCCAACCCCCCCCAAAAGUUUUAAAAGUUUAACUUACCAAAUGGCUGCAAAAGAAGUUUUGGAAAAGCUUCAAAAAUCACCAAAGUCUUCAAAAACCUCAAAAAAGGCUACCACACCACGUGCUAUGAGUUGCUCCUCGAAGUCAAGUCGCAACUGCACCUCUUCAAGCAAUGCACCCUGGGUAUUAACGGUUUUAAGAAAAAGGGAACAAACUUGCAAGAUGUUUUCGUUUUUCGUCUUGCAAAGCAAGCCCAUAGGGAAAUUCGUCUUGCGAAGCAACUCAAAAAAAGAAAAACGCUUUCGUCUUGCGAGGCAUUUGUCUUGCGAGGUACCACUGUAAACUGGUCCCAAGUUACAGUUGUACCUCAGAAGUCGGAACGCCUUGUGAGUUGAAUUUUAUGGUUCUUGAAUGCCGCAAACCUGGAAGUGAUUAUUCCGGUUUGCAAACGUUCUUUGGAACCCAAACGUCCAGCGCGGGUUCCGCAACUUCCGAUUGGCUGCAGAACCUUCCUGCAGCCAAUCAGAAGCUGUGCCUUGGUUUCUGAACUAUUUGGAAUUAGAACGGACUUCCGGAAUGGAUUCUGAUCAACUUCUGAGGUACGACUGUAUUAAGGGCUUUGUAUACUAAUAGUAACACUAAUAGUAAUGUGUGUGAAACGCAACCUUCCAUACAGAAUGAAACCUCACCACCUUUGAGUUAAUGAUCCCUCUAUCAUAGUGCUCCUUCCCAAAAGAAAUUACACUGAAGCUUUUACUGUGGGGUAUUUUCAUAACUUUUGGACUACUGUGAAAAUGGCUCAUUGAGGCUCUCAUCUUCACCUGGCAAAAAGAUAGUCCACCCUUUAUUGGUACCAGGAGAUUGUAGCAGGACUCAGGGAAGACAGUCAUCUCUAAUUUGUGAUGGGCCAAGCCACUUAUAACAUAGUUAGCCUCUACAGCACACCAUUAAUGGAACACUGGGGUAAUAUGCUUCUGCUGAUACAGCCCUAUGAGGGAGUAGACUGCUACAUUUCUCACCGGUUGAAGCUUCCAACAAUGUGAAGAGCAGCCCCAAGCAGGCAUCACAGUAUUUUAGGUGGUUUGAUGGACAUGCAUGAUUGUCAUCUUACUUCCAUCUGAUCAAGAACUUUAUUCAUCUCCAUUGGGAUUGUCCGGAUAUUGGAGUCAAUUUUUUCUGCUCAGUCAUAUCUAGAAUGGUCUUUGGGAGUGCUUUAUUGACUCUCUUUGGGCAGGGGUCCAUAGGAGCAGUGCUGCUAAUUCUCUAAAUAUUGUAGUGACACUGUUUUUGUCCUGCAGAUUACAGGGUGUGCUAGCCCUGGAAAAACUGUAACAAUUGUGGUCCGUGGCUCCAACAAACUAGUAAUUGAAGAAGCUGAACGUUCAAUUCACGAUGCUUUGUGUGUCAUACGCUGUUUGGUAAAGAAAAGGUAAUGUAUAAGACUUACAGACCAGUAAAGUCACCAUUCAACUUUACCAAUGCCUUUUGUUAACAUUUUCAAACUGCAAAAUUCUAAUUUCAGAGCCCUGAUUGCAGGUGGUGGAGCACCAGAAAUAGAGUUGGCCUUACGCUUGGAUGAAUAUUCUCGCACCUUGAGUGGCAUGGAGUCUUAUUGUGUACGUGCUUAUGGAGAGGCCUUGGAAAUAAUUCCAUCCACCCUGGCUGAAAAUGCAGGCCUUAAUCCUAUUUCUACUGUGACUGAGUUGAGAAACAGACAUGCACAAGGAGAGAGAACUGCAGGAAUUAAUGUCAGAAAGGUAAGGUGCAAAGUGGUGAGACAAAAGAAAUACAUAUUAUUGUAUAUUAUUCCAUAGAAUUUUGUUUUUUAUAUUGGAGUUUAUUAUGUAGUUUAUUGUAUGCUGCUCACUGUAUUAUGCAUAACUCAAAGGAACAGGCAAAAUAUCAUGUAUUUGUUUUCUUUAUUUCUGGUGUUCUGCCUGGUACCAUCUGUGCAGAACAGAGAGAUAUCAAAAGGUUUUGCGGAUCGCUGAGGUACAGGGUAUAUUUAAAGGCAAAAAAAAUCGGGGGGGGGGGGCUUCCUAGAAACAGCCUGAUUAAGAUUGAACUUGAUUAGUGACCACAAAAUGCUGACUGGUGGUUGGGGUGGUUUGGCUGGUUGAAUAGAAAACCAGGUUUGAAGUGGCUGGACUCAUGAACAGCAGUUGCCUGCACUGCAACAAUUUGUUGCAGUGGCUGGGGCAACCCAGUCAGGUGCGCAGAAUACUACUACUAAGUGUAAUUUCAAUAAUAAUUGGCAGCCUCUGCAAAGGAAUACAAUAGAGCAAUCUCUUGGGUUGCAUUCAAAAAUCAGAGACUAAAUGUUGACCCCAAUUAAUAUAUUCAGUUUCAUAAAAACAGCAUUGACAUAAAAUUCAUUCCAAAAUAUAAAACUUUAUCUUAAAUGCAAGAGCUACUCAUUGGAACUUCGCUUUACUUACGUUUGAAAAAUGUCAAGUGUUGUUUUUGAAGCUUGAUAGUGGAAUGUACCUAGAGAUAAUUGAUUGUUGUGACUUACCGAUGGCUUACUGAUCCAAGGAACCAAGAAUUAAAUAUUUGGCUCUGUAGAUCCAUCAAAAGUGACCUUUUAUUGCCCAGAGUUAAGCAACAGAAAAAGUGGCUUGCUUUUAUUUUCAUGUUGUGAAAUUUAAUCUUUGAUGGAGACCUACUAUGUAACAACUGAUAAGUCUUUUAUUUUUAUUAUUAUUAUGAUAUUUUACUGGUGUUACAAAAAUAAUUAUAUAUAUCACUUGAUUGCACAGCUUAUUGCGGUUUUAUUAAAAAUGGUAAAGAUUAACAUAGUCAGCACUAUAAAAUGUUUGAUUAAUUUAAGGCUACUUCAACUAGAAUUAGUAUAAUUAAAUAUAUUCCUUGGCUGCAUGCCAUCAGUGCCUCAUAUACUUACUGCACAAGAAUAUUUGUUCUUUCCUACAAGCUGAGAUCAUGUACAGCGUGCUGAAAAACACUUGUAAACUUGGAUGUGAAUAUGGUUAAGUGAGUUGAUUGGCCACCGAAUGAGGCAGGAGUGCAUUUCUCCAGAAUGAAAAUGUUGGGAUAUCUAAUUUCAUGUAAUUUAUGCUGGUAAUUUGUUUAUAAACUGAGGUUUCCAUUCUUAAUUUGUAGGGUGGAAUUUCCAAUAUCCUGGAAGAAUUGGUGGUCCAGCCUCUGUUGGUUUCCAUCAGUGCUCUGACCCUAGCGACAGAAACAGUCCGCAGUAUUCUUAAGAUUGAUGAUGUGGUAAGUUACACUUAAAGGCUAACAUUCUUGCAAAUGGAUAUUUCAUAGCAGUUAGCAAAUGUUAAAUGACAAUUCCUAUUAUAUCAUAAUGUGAAUCUGCAAGUUAACAUACUGCAUUUGUAACUAAAUGAUGAAAGUUGCUGUUCAAAUUUAAAGAGACAAAUAACUUAGUGAAAGUGUAGAUUAAUGCUGGAUACAAACAAUGAUACAAAAGAAUGUUGGUGAUGCAGAGACAUUUGAACGUAAUGGUUAAAAGUAUCAUCCCAUACCAUUCUGUUUCUCUUUGCAGGUGAAUACUCGAUGAGAUGACUAAAGAAACAAACUGUGCAGCUCAGCACAGUGUCGCAAGUUUGGAAUGCAGUUCCUUCAUUGGACGUUGCAUAACUCCCAGUUACAUUUCAUGUAUACUUGUCAACUUAAAUUAAUAAAACCUUAAAUUCUCAAGGCAUAUCUUGUUUACAUUGUCUUUAUAGCUAAACAAAGCGCACCCCCAGCAGUUUACAACAAUUGAUGCUGUUAGAGUUAAAACCAGU